GGAGUCUUUGAGGCCAAAGCCUGCAGUCUGUGCAAGGGAGAUUGUAGCAGAAGGGAGGAGCCCAGAACAAUCACCAGAAAACAACUGAAAGUGAAUAUUAUAGCACCACAGAGAAUAAGCCUGGCUGGAAAGAAGAGAUGUAAGAAGACAACUCUCCCCCAUCUCCUUUUCAGAGGGAAAGGAAGUGCCUAUGAUUUCCUGCGGUUGGUGGGAGAGCGCGGGACCGUGGCACCGGGGCGAGGGCACAGAAGCAAGGGCCGGAGGAUGACCGAGCUGGGGUCCGAGAUGCAGGUGGAGCUCCGAGGUCUUCCCGAAGCCGUGUCUGACGAGCUAGUGACACUGUACUUCGAGAACCGGCGGCGCUCGGGGGGCGGCCCUCUGCGAGGCUGGCAGCGGCUGGGUAGGGGGGGCAUCCUCACCUUUCAAAACCCAGAGGAUGCCCAGCGAGUGCUGGCCCAGGCCAGCCAUGUGCUGCAGGGCACGGCUGUGAGCGUGGUGCCUUCCCCGCCCCGGGCUCCCCAGCGUCUGCUGCUUCUGGGCCUGAAGCCCGGCACAACGCCAGAGCUCCUGGAACUUUAUGUGGAGAACCUCUUGAGCUCCAAGGGGGAGUGUCAGGCCCUCGCCAGUCCCCGGCCAGACCGGACCCUGGUACAAUUACCCGCGCCUCUCUCGGAAGCAGAGUUUGAAGAGCUGGCUGUGCGGUCCAGAAGGAAAACACUGGACGGCACCGCGGUGUCAUUAGCCUGGGUGCCCCAGGCCCGUGCUGUAAGGAUUGUGGAGAGCGAUGAGCCCCCAGAUCCUAAGCUGCUUCAGCUCUACAUGGAGAAUGAGCGCCGCAGUGGGGGCGGUGUCCUGGAGGAGCUGCGGGCACUCCCUAGAGCCCGGGGGACCGUUGUCACCUUCCAGCAGUGGGAGGUGGCAGAGCGAGUGUUGGGUUGGUCUCACCAACUUGGCGAUUCAGAGCUCAACAUAGUCCCCCACUAUGAUGUCCUGGAGCCGGAGCCGGAGCCGGAGCCGGAGCCUGAGCCUGAGCCGGAGGAACGAGAGAGUCCAGUCCUGGGAGAGAUGAUUCCCACAGAGACACCAGGAGAUAAAGUGCUCAGAGAGACCUUUGGGAAAAUAGCGCCUAUGGAGAGACUGCAAGAGACAAUGACUGUGAAGAAACCAGGGGUAACGGUGCCUGUGGAGAGCCUGGGAGGGGCAACUCCUUUGGAGAAACUGGAGGCGACAGAGACUAAGGAGACACCAGAGGAGUCAGUGACUGUUCUGACACCAGGGACAACAGAACCCCUGGGGGAAGUGCUGGAAGAAACUCCACCACUGGAGAGAUCAAAAGAGCCAGGGGAAAGAGGGAAAGAAGAGAUGCUUAACUCGGUGGUACCGGUGGAGAUCCUGCUGCCCAUGGAUCCGGGUGCCUCUCGAUUUCUGCAGCUCUAUUACCAGGAGUUUCUUGCUAGCCUUGGAGAAGUGACCCUCUCCCCACUGGAUAGCCCAGAUGUAGCUGGCUUCCGGCUCAGUGGGGCGCUGGAGCCAUGCCAAGCUGCUGCAGAGUUCCUACAGAGCCUUCUGGGCAGCAUUCAGUGCCAUACACUGCCUCUGAAACACCCAGGCAGCACCCGAUUCCUGCUGGGUGGUGAGGGCCAAGACCUCCUGCAGGACCUGGAGGUCCAGUUCCAUUGCAUCCUCACAGUAGAGCAGCAGGUGGUGGCAGCCCUCGAUGCAGACCCCAUUGAGCUUGACCCCCCGGACCUUCUAAAGUCACCAGCAGGCUGGGCCCAUAACUCUCUGCCCCCUAGCAGCAUGGCUCCCAACACUUCAGCCAUCCAAAUAGAGGAGAUCAAGAGGUUUCUGGACACGCUGGAGGGUGUAGAUGGAGAAGAAAGGUCUCCCCCGGAGAUGGAGGAGGAGGAAGAGGAACUGGAGGAGCGGGUGGCAGCCUCUUGCAGAGCACAGGAGACGCUAGAGGAGGAGGCAGCCCUGCAGUUGGCCCUGCAUCACUCCCUGGUGGAGGAGAGCCUGACAAUGUGGGAGACAAGAAGUCUGAAGCAAGCGCUGAUGCUGUCCCUCCUGGAUGACACGGAGGCCAAGGGCAGGAGCGACAAUGACAGGAGCGGGAGACUCAUCGUGCACGUCGCCUUUGAUCAGGAUCUCAGUGAGCUGAGCCAAGCUUUGGAGACUGCUCUCAGGACGCAGCUGCGAGAGGAGAGGGUGAUGGGUGUGGAGCGGGCUCUACCCGCCACAUUCUGGGCCCGGCUGGGGCGGCACCACGAUGUGACCGUUACCCUGGAGGGAAACUGCGCUGUCUUAAGUGGCUAUGACCCCCAGCCUGCAUGUGCUGCCAGUCACCUCAGGGAACUGAUGACUAUUCCCGUGAUCGAGAGCCACACAGUGGCCCCAGACGCUGCCGCCGCAGCAGUGGUGCCUAGGGGGAUGAGGGAGCAGCCACCAGGGCUGGAGUGCCUGGAGGAAAGCAGUGCGGAAUUCCAGGAGGCGCUGCGAGGCUUUUACCGCACCUUGGGCGACGUCUCCAGCGAGAUUCGCGUCAUCAAGGUGGAACGGGUGUCUCAUCCCCUGCUUCACAGUCAGUAUGAGCUCCAUAAGAAGAAGCUGGCACAGUCAUGUACCCGGAACCCUGUUGAGCGAAUCCUGUACCAUGGGACCUCUUGGCAAGCUGUGCCUGAUAUCUGCAGCCACGGCUUCAAUCGCAGCUUCUGUGGGCGCAACGCUACCUUGUACGGGCAGGGGGUAUACUUUGCUGUACAGGCUAAGGUCUCCGUCAAGGACCGGUACUCACCCCCAGAUGCCAUGGGGUACAAGGCAGUGUUCGUGGCUCGGGUGUUGACAGGAGACUAUGGGCCAGGACGUCCAGAGCUUCGGGCCCCACCCCUGAGGGGUGCCAAUCAGGGCAUCCAGCGCUAUGACAGUGCAGUUGACUCCACAAGACAGCCUAGAAUUUUUGUCAUCUUCCACGACACUCAGGCCUUGCCCAUCUUCCUCAUCACCUGUCAGCACAUACCAGGCCCCAGCAGACUCUAUGGUGACAGCUUCAGUGGCCUCAGGACCUCCUCUCCAUCACCUCCCCUCUAUUGACUGAUGAAAUAGCCCCAGGAUGCACCUGCUCCCUCUUUGCCUGAAUCAUCCAGGUCUGGUUUGUCCAUGGAGGCUAGGUAGUGUUGGAUGAAAUAAGGUGGGGAGAAGAAUAUGGAGAGAGGUCUGCUUCCUUGCACUGGCACAGAAGAUUUCCUCCUUCUCUGCUGCUACCUUCUUUUCAUUCUAAGCUACUGUCUCUGACUCUCCCUCCACCCUCCAUCCCACCUUCCCUCCUCCCCCCAAACUGAGACGAUAUAGAAAGUGAAAAGGGACCUUAAAGGGCAUGGGAAGGAGAAAACUGUUUACAUAGAUCUGCCGAUCUAGGUAUCAGAAAACAGCAGGCAUGACAUAGAAAAACAGGGAAAGCAGGCUAGUGAUUCCUUGGAGACAACAGACAAGAGGCAAACCGAUAAUAAAAAGCAUAGCCUCAUGGGGCAGCUAGGUGGCCCAGUGGAUAGAGCACCGGCCCUGGAGUCAGGAGUACCUGGGUUCAAAUCCGGCCUCAGACACUUAACACUUACUAGCUGUGUGACCCUGGGCAAGUCACUUAACCCCAAUUGCCUCACCAAAAAAAAAAAAAAGCAUAGCCUCAGAUGUGUGUGUCAGAAAGACAAAGAUACGUGAUAAGUACUUUUAAUUCCAUAGGGAUCCUUCCAGAAAAAGCAUGAUAUAUAAGUCAAUAAAGAUUUAUUAAAUAUC